CCACACCAGAUGCAAUUAAAAUUCUGCAUAGAUAGCCAGCUAUUUGUCACCAAAAAGUUUAAGAAUUUAUUAUCUUUAAUGUUGCAUGGCACAUGAUCAUUUGAAAUUUCUCAAUAAUAUCAAAAUAUUUUUAAUCAUUAAGUGAAUGACAGAAUGUUUACUGAGGAAAAGCAUCCUUUUGAAUCAGAGAAAAAUUGCGGAGAUUACAGAGUUGCUUGGAAAGCACGAAGUGUGAAACACAUUGCUAACAGUUUACAGAACAAGUGUAAACAGAUAAAUAACGUUAAGAAAUGUGUUCUUAGAAGAAUUUGGAAAUAUUUAUCUGAAUUUUCAAGAAGUGUUCCAGAUGAUGUGUUGCUGGGAACAGCAACUGACAUAGCAUAUUUUAAAUUCCUAACAGAUGAAGAAAAAAGGUUAGUAGCUGCUGUGAAACAAAAGCAACUUGAAGACUCAGCAAACCUGCUAUUUGAUGCUUUUGCGACAAUGUAAAAUACCAAAACUUUAGUUUCCUAGG